AUGGCCAAGCUCCCAGAGAACUGGACUGACACCCGCGAGACGCUGCUGGAGGGGAUGCUCUUCAGCCUCAAGUACAUGGGGAUGACACUGGUGGAGCAGCCCAAGGGAGAGGAGCUCUCUGCAGCUGCUGUCAAAAGGAUUGUGGCCACUGCGAAAGCAAGUGGGAAGAAACUGCAGAAAGUGACUCUGAAAGUCUCUCCCCGGGGGAUCGUGUUGAACGACAGCAGCACGAACGAGCUGAUCGAGAACAUCUCCAUAUACAGGAUAUCCUACUGCACGGCAGACAAGAUCCACGAUAAAGUGUUUGCCUACAUUGCCCAGAACCAGCUCAAUGAGAACCUGGAGUGCCAUGCCUUCCUCUGUACCAAACGGAAAAUGGCACAGGCUGUCACCCUCACCGUGGCACAGGCCUUCAAAAUCGCCUUUGAGCUCUGGCAAGCAGCUAAGGAAGAGAAGGAAAAGCGGGAAAGGUCCAUCUUGGAAGGAGAAGGGACGAGCAGCCCCAGCUCAGAAGCCCCUGCCUGCCCUGACACACCAGCAGCCACGGGGAACUUGCUGGAUUUUGAAGAUCCUGCCAAAUCACCCCUGAGCAGCAGCACAGACCCCCCCCACUUGGAUAACAGCGUGUUUGGGCCCAGCUCCUCUGUGAACAACAACGUGGUGUGGGAAAUGGAUGAUGGUCUCGACGAGGCGUUUUCAAGGUUGGCUCAGUCAAGAACAAACCCUCACGUCCUCGACACGGGGCUGACAGCUCAGGACAUCCAGAGUGCAGAAACGCUCUCCCCUGUAGACUGGAACAAAAUAGAUUCCACCACAGGCGAGAAGGAUGAUCUGUUCAUGUUCUGAGGUCAAAUGCAUCUAAAAGCUGACUAGAGAAUAACCACUAAAAGUCUCUGGACUGGAUCGUGCUGUUGCAGGUGCUGUACACAAGGGACUCUUCUAAGGGCUCUUCGCCAGGUCAGGUGAUGUUACAGCACAGUUUAGACCAAAGCUUUAGAAACCUGAUGCAGAUUUUUAUACCUUGUUUUUAUCUGAACCACGAGAUGCUCUUGAACAUAUUUAUUCCCAGCCAUUACCGUUUACAUGUGUUAUUGGAAGGCGUGGAGAGCAUCUCCAGUGUUACGUGGCAAUAAUACCAUGGGAGAACCUUCAGCAGUGCCUGUUGCUCUCUGAAAACAGACUGUGCACCACCAAAGUCCCUCUGUGUGUGUCCUCUAGACAAAGGUCUGCAGAUGCAAAUGCAAUUCCAAGCACAACUGUUACUAAUCCACUGAUUCUUGAACAACACGUCACCUGCCUGGGCGAGGGGAGGAGAUUUGCAGCAGCUGCUGACAGUGUUAAAUCAAAGAGGUGGCAGAGAUCUUGCUUUUGUAUGAAUGUCUGUGACACUCUCACAGUUGUCAAUCACCCCUGUGGGUUCUGGCCAUUUCUUCACCAGCUCCCUGUGGGAAUUGACACUUUUUUUACCCAAAGACUCUGCGAAGUUUUGCACUUUAAAACUUGAACUGAAAGCAAUGGUCCGAGUUGUCAAGGUAAGCAGUGCCUGUAUUUUCUCUUCAGAAGCUAUUUACCCAAAAAUAACCCAACCUGGCAAUGCUGCAGCUCUGUUUCAAAGCUGAUUCCUCAUGUCCACCAUCUCUGAUGCGACUCAAAAUACUGAAGCUCCUUUGCACUGUUGGCUUUGAAAGCAAAACCACCAAGGAGGAAUGAUUUGUUCUGCUAAAGCGUGUUGGAAGUGGCAGCUUGGGUGGACCAGCAGCAGGAUAGGUCUGUGUUCUCAGCCUGGCUGAGUGGAUUUGCCUGUCCAUGACUUCUUACUGCCUCAAAACCAUUUGGUUGUUGCUCACUCAAUGGACUCCAAUGGAAUUGGAUUGGGCAAGACCAAUACCUGGAUGUUCAGUUAGCAAGAGGUGCCCCUUCCAGGUACUUGGAUCCCCUGCUCCCUGACAGCCACAGCUCCCAGGAGGCUCAGGAAGCUGCUUCAUCUGCUCCUGGAACUGAAAAUAAGUAAUGGAGGUAUAAAGCUUAUGCUAAUUAAAAGAUUAAGUUUAAUGAUCCUAAAUAGUCACACUGACAGUUUGCAGUGUUUGUGGCCUUAUGUGAAGUAUACUAAUCUGUUUUAUAGAUUUGUAACUUGGGUUUGAAGCACUAAUUCAUUCCCCAGAUAGCUCUUCAUAACUCCCUUAAAACUGCUCGCAGGAAAAAAAAAAAACCCUCUCUGUCAGCUGUAAGAAUUCAUUAGGAAGCAGCUGAGUGACUCUGACUUAGAUUUGAGAUUUUUUUUUUUCCCCUCCUAAGUGUUAGAGUGAGAAGGUGUCGAGGACUCGUGGAGCUGACUCAUCAUGUCUCUUAAUAAAACGUGUGCUCUGUGUAUCCUGCAAAACGGGGUUUAAAGCAAUUUUACAUCUUCAGACGACUGUGCCCAUGACUUCCUUGAUCCUGUGUGCAGCACCAGCCUCUUGUGAUUGAAGGAGCUAUCAAAGCUUGUCCCUGCUGCAGAGGCACAGGGGAGAGACAUGAACCUCCUGCACAGGCAGGGGUUGCAGCCAGUGCCUUGUCCCGACUCAAGGAGUUCUGAUCUUCCCAGAAAACAGCCUGAGCUGUAGGAUGGACUGUGAGGAUUUCUUUGUACAUUGAUCUUUCUCCUUUUCUAGAGACUCCAGGAGCAGAUACCGAAGUGCACAACACUAUAUAUGUGUGUAUAUAGUUUUUUAAGAAAACCUGAUGCUGUAAAGAAAAAUCUGUACCGAGGGAAAUAAAAGCUCUACCAUUUUUUUUGGA